AUGCCUCGCGUUGAUUUCUUCACACUACUACCGGAGGCAUCGGCAGAUGCUGUUGAUCUAUUAGGUCAUAUGUUAGCGCUGGAUCCAGAUGACAGAAUAUCUGUAAGUGAGGCGUUGGAGCACGCUUAUGUGAGGGAAUGUCGCGAUCCCGAAGGAGAACCAGUGGCUGAUCACCAGGUCGGCAUCGAUGCAGAGGAAGAAGCGGCGACAUCGCUCGACGAUUGGAGAGGUUGGAUCUAA